AAAAGUCCAGAAUGCUACGGUUGCCACUCUCACUUCCUCUUGCCCCUCACCCAGCGCUGCUUUGAAUGCAGCAUUUGUCGUGGGGCACGUACAAGGGAGAGAAGACAGCAGUGCCUGGGAGGCUGCUGGGCAGGCGGUUACUGCGCGUCAUGCUGUGGCAGGGCCAUUUCUGGUGGCAGACAAUGCCGGGAUAAUGUGGCCCACCCGCCUGGCUGGGAUGCUGCUCCCAGCCAUGGCCUUCCUCUCCUGCCUGAGACCCGAGAGCUGGGACCCUUGCGUGCAGGUGGUUCCUAAUGUUACUUACCAGUGCAUGGAGCUGAAUCUCUACAAAAUCCCUGAUAACCUCCCUACAUCAAUCAAGAACCUGGACUUGAGCUUUAACCCCCUGAGGCAUUUAGGCAGCCACAGCUUCUCCAACUUCUCAGAACUGCAGGUGCUGGAUUUAUCCAGGUGUGAAAUUCAGAAGAUUGAAGAUGAUGCAUAUCAAGGCCUAAAGCAUCUCUCCAUCUUGAUAUUGACAGGAAACCCUAUCCAGAGUUUAGCCCCGGGAGCCUUUUCUGGACUGCCAAGUUUACAGACACUGGUGGCUGUGGAGACAAACCUAGCAUCACUAGAGGACUUCCCCAUCAGACAUCUGAAAACCUUGAAGGAGCUUAAUGUGGCUCACAAUCUAAUUGAUUCCUUCAAGUUACCGGACUAUUUUUCUAACCUGCCUAACCUGGAGCACUUGGAUCUUUCCAAUAACAAGAUCCGCAAUAUUUACCAUGAAGACUUGCAGGUUUUACAUCAAAUGCCCUCAUUCAAACUCUCCUUAGACCUGUCCCUCAACCCUUUAGACUUUAUUCAACCAGGUGCCUUUGAAAAAAUUAAGCUCCAUGAACUGACUUUGAGAAGUAAUUUUGAUAGUGCAGAGGUCAUGAAAACGUGUAUUCAAGGUCUGGCUGGUUUAAAGAUCAAUCGGUUGAUUCUGGGAGAAUUUAAAAAUGAAAGAACCAUAGUAAACUUCAACAAAUCUGCCCUGGAGGGUCUGUGCAAUUUGACCAUUGAAGAAUUCCGGAUAGCACACUUCGAUGAGUUUCCAGGGGAUGAUCUUGGCUUUUUAAAUUGUUUGCCAGAGGCUUCUACAAUAUCUCUUAUGGGUCUGUAUUUAGACGAGCUAAAAAUCUUUCCAAAAGGUUUCAAAUGGCAAUACUUAAAUUUGUCUAAAUGUAUAUUUGAACAUUUUCCUACAUUGGAGCUUACCUUUCUCAAGCAGUUUGUUUUCACUGCCAACAAAGGUAUUACCACUUUUACUAAAGUUAAUCUACCAAACCUUGAGUUUCUAGAUCUCAGUAAAAAUGGCUUGAGUUACAAGUCUUGCUGCUCUCACCGUGAUUUUGGGACAACCCAACUGAAACACUUAAAUCUGAGCUUCAAUAAUAUUAUUAUCAUGACUUCAAACUUCUUGGGCUUAGAGCAACUAGAACGUCUGGAUUUCCAGCAUUCCACUCUGAAACAGGCCAGUGAUUUUUCAGUAUUCCUCUCACUCAAAAAUCUCCUUUACCUUGAUAUCUCUUACACUAACACCAAGAUUGUCUUCCUGCGCAUCUUUGAUGGCUUGAUCAGCCUCCAAGUCUUGAAAAUGGCUGGCAAUUCUUUUCAGGAUGCACUCCUUCCAAAUAUCUUCAGAGAUCUGACUCAGUUGACUGAACUGGACCUCUCUCAGUGUCAACUGGAACGGGUGUCCCAGGAGGCAUUUGGCUCACUCCUUAGACUCCAGGUGCUAAAUAUGAGUCACAACCACCUCUUGUCCUUGGAUAUGCUUCCUUUUAAAAAUCUCUCUCUCCGGGUUCUAGACUGUAGUUUUAACCGUAUAGUGGCCGCCAAUGGGCAGGAACUACAGCAUUUUCCAAGCAAUGUAACUUCCUUAAACCUGAACCAGAAUAACUUUGCUUGUGUUUGUGAACACAUGCGCUUCCUGCAGUGGGUCCAGGAUCACAGGCACAUCUUGGUGGGAGCUGAACACAUGAUGUGUGAGAAACCUUUAGCUAUGCAGGGUGUGCCUGUGCUCAGUUUUAGAAAUGCCACCUGCCAGAUGAGCAAAACUAUCAUUAGUGUGUCAGUUCUCUCAGUACUCGUGGUAUCUGUAGCCGCAGUUCUGGUCUACAAGUUCUAUUUCCACCUGAUGCUUCUGGCUGGCUGCAAAAAGUAUGGCAAAGGGGAAAGCACCUACGAUGCCUUUGUCAUCUACUCCAGCCAUGAUGAGGACUGGGUGAGGAAUGAGUUGGUGAAGAACUUGGAGGAGGGAGUCCCCCCCUUUCAGCUCUGCCUUCACUACAGAGACUUUAUCCCUGGUGUGGCCAUUGCUGCCAACAUCAUCCAGGAAGGUUUCCACAAGAGCCGGAAGGUCAUUGUGGUGGUGUCCCGGCACUUCAUCCAGAGCCGAUGGUGCCUCUUUGAGUACGAGAUCGCCCAGACCUGGCAGUUCCUGAGCAGUCACGCAGGCAUCAUCUUCAUCGUCCUGCAGAAGGUGGAGAGGUCCCUGCUCAGGCAGCAGGUGGAACUGUAUCGCCUUCUCAGCAGGAACACUUACCUAGAGUGGGAGGACAGUGUCCUGGGCCGGCACAUCUUCUGGCGACGACUGAGAAAAGCCUUGCUGGAUGGUAAGCCAUGGAGUCCAGAAGGAACAGAGGAUGCAGAAAGCAGCCAGGAUGAAGCAACGACCUCCACCUAACGUACAGACACUCCUUGGGUGCCUCUUGCCCAGGUGCAUCCAAUAUUUGUUCCGUUGACAAUUAUUAAAUGCUGCAGCAUAGCAGACAUUGCACCAAGGGAAGGUGCUUCAGUGGUACCCAGGACACACAGGACUGCUAAUCUCACGGAGUUUACAGUGUGGAGGGAAUAAAUACUGUGCUAAAAUAUAGAACCUGCAGGUGGAUGUUUCAACCAACUCAGCCUAGGCAUUCAGGACAAAGAAACUCAACUCAACUCUUACCCUAUAUACUUGAAUUAUAACUAAGAGACCUGCCCUGGUAACAUCAGAAAAGGACAUAAUUCUUCUCCUGAGCCUUUUGAAUGGAAAGCACCUCAUAUUUUUUGUGUUGGCUGCCUUGAAACAAAGUGGUUUUGUCGUUUCUACUACACUGGGCCUUUGCUCACUUUUCCCAUUUCUAUUGAAUACAAUUUAAAUUCUACGUGAUGACUCAGAAGGCUUCUAAUUCAGAUCCUCCCUCCACUUCAAGUCAAUUUCCUCACAAAGGUCAAAAACCUGCACCCAUUUCCUAAGGACACCUGAUGAAUGUAUCUUCACAAACAUCCCGGUCAUUAUUAACUGAUAGUCCCUGAUGUAUUUUUGUUUUUAUAAAUUCAGUUUUCAUUUUACACGUCUUCUCUAUAAACCUCAAUUUUUCAAUAUGGUUGUAAGAGACAUACUGGAAAUAUCCAUGUUUAACCAAUAUCUUUCAAGCAAAUAUGUCAAAUACACUCUGUCACUUUGUCACUUGAUGUCAUUCUAAAUUGAUUGCCGAUUAAGUUAUGACUGUCAUAAAGGAAGCAUUAAAAUAA